AUGGCGCGUGCCGUCGUGCUGGGCAGCAGUGCCCUGGGUUCAACCAGUCCCAACCCGUCUGUCGGCGCCGUCAUCGUCCGCGAUGAUCGCGUGAUAGGCGAGGGGUACACGUCCCCGGCCGGGCAAAAUCAUGCCGAGAUUAACGCGCUGCGGCAGGCUGGAAACGAUGCACGCGACGCAACACUUUAUGUCACGCUCGAACCUUGUUGUCAUUAUGGGCGCACUCCGCCCUGUACGGAUGCCAUCAUCGCCGCCGGCAUCAGCCACGUGGUGUUCGCCGUCACUGACCCUAACCCACGAGUCUCCGGCGGCGGCGCGGCGGCGUUGCGCGCUGCCGGCCUCACCGUCGAAUGCCGUCCGUCUCCGGAAGCCGACCAAUUGCACGAGGCUUUUGCCAAGCACAUCGUAACCGGCUUGCCCUUUGUGGUGGCCAAAUUCGCCAUGAGUCUGGACGGCAAGAUUGCCACCCGAACCGGCGACUCAAUGUGGAUAACCGGCCCGAUGGCCCGCGCCCGUGUUCAGCAGAUGCGCAAGGAGCUGGACGGAAUCAUGGUCGGGAUUGGCACGGUGUUGGCCGACAAUCCCCAGCUCACCGCCAGGGACAUUUCAGGUGACGCAUUGCCGGAGAAUUUGCAGCCCGUUCGCAUCGUGCUCGACAGCAGCGCUCGAACGCCGGCAACAUCCCGUAUGUUGCAGCAGCCCGGACGCACCAUCAUCGCGACCGCCGGGUCAGUGGAACCGGCGCGCCGGUCGGACCUGGAAGCUGCCGGGGCUCUCGUGGUCUCGCUGCCGGGAGCCGACGGUCGAGUGGAUUUGGCCGGGCUGCUAUCAUAUCUGGGUGAAUCAGGCAUGGUUAGCCUACUGGUGGAGGGCGGCGGCGGCGUGCUGGGCGCAAUGCUGGAUGCCCGGCUGGUCGACAAGGUCCAGGCCUUCAUCGGUCCAAUGCUGAUUGGCGGAGUGGACGCGCGCUCUCCGGUUGAGGGUGUAGGCGCUCGGAUGAUGUCGGACGUCCUGAGGCUGAAGCGCACCAACCUGGAGCAGAUAGGUCCGGACUGGCUGAUUACCGGGUACCCUGAUUCAAACGGCGCCUGA